AGAGCUUCAGCAGUUAAAUAGUACAUGUAAUUUAUCUGCAUUUUCAAAUGGCUUUGAUAUGGUGCCCAUAAUCGACUAAUAAGUUUUUAGUGAAUAUAAUACUGGGGCAAGUGACAAUGGAUAGCUCAUUGAUUUCGGACAGAAAGCUAAGAACAGAAUUCAAUGCUAGUUAUUCGGAAUGGCAGAGGCAGGAAAUGGUAUUCACAGAAAUCAGAAUGACUUAGUUUGGAAUCAAAAAUACAAUUUUCUAAAUUGUGAUGAUGCCAAAUUGGGACGGAAGGUCAGCACUGAUAGCUGUAAUUCAGUAGUGGACAUUAAUGAAUGUACAGAAUGGACAGAUAAUUGUCUGAUGAAUUUCAGUGCAGAUAAAUAUGCAGGAGUACAUUCUGUGAUCGGCAUGGAUGCGUUGGACUGAAGGGACUGGGAGCACUGAGUCCGGACUAGAGGCUCCACCGGCGGAAGAAUCUGGGACUGAGGAGCGAUGCAGUGAUGGUGGUGGGUCCCAGGAGCAAGCAGAGGAGGGGACCUCGAAUCCCAUGAAGCUCCCGCCACCAGAGCUGGAGGGAGGCCUGAGCCAGACGCCCGGAGUCUUUGCUAACCCCUUCACCCAGGAGCGGCGCCAGCGCCUGAGUCUGCUGGAGAAGCACGUGAGGCUGACAGCUGGCGUGCGCACGGAGGAAGCGGGUGGGGGCAGCAAGAUCUGCCUGGCCUACCGCAAGGAUGGCCGCUGCCGCUACGGCAGCAACUGCAAGUUCGCCCACGACAGUGACCUGCCAGACUACCGGCCUGGCCCUGCAGGCUCCCCACCCCAGGAGAACGGUGAGGUGCCUAUGGGCAAGAGUGGCAGAAAGAGGCCAGGUCUGAGUGCAACUCCCACCCCCCCCAAGAGGAUCGUGAAGAAUUACUGGAUCCAACAUGCCAAGGAGGGGCCUGGCCUACUGUAGUCAGCUCAGCAGCAGAGAAAGUCUGAGCUCGUGGAACAGGCCCAAUGUCAAGAGGGGCCUGGCCAACUGUAACAGGCUUAGCAGCAGAGAAAGUCUGAGUUCAUGGAACAGGCUGAGGCCUUCCGUAACAGAUCCAAUACCAGUAGGGACGUUUCUGACUGGAAUGAGGCUCCGAGAAAGUGUUGUGACCCAGUCUCUGGUAAAAGGGCUGGUUGUCAGGAAAUGUUAGCAUGCUACAGGAUGGCUCGAAGGACAGGACAGCCCACUGUUACCAAAACCAUCCCUACCAGCCAGUACACUGGGGGGCUGCACACGAGGUUGAUCGCGGGAGCUAGCGAUUGCCAAGGAGAGUAUGGGACACUUCCAACUUCCAACCACGACUGGUUUGGUCUUGUGGUAUCCAAGCUUUGAUAGUCUUUCCACUCGUUAUUAAGGCUGACCGUGGGGUUACAUCCCUGCUCUCUGUUUUGUGUGAAUCUAGAAUUCAGUCAUGUGGGUAGGUAGGACUCCUGUCAGGCCUCAUAGUGCAUGCCGAGCCCUGUUUCCUGUCCUCCGAGCCUUGGGGGAAACUGGGGGUCAGGAUCCAGAAAGACCAGUGAUUACUCCAUCAUUUCUGCCAACUUCUCCCUGCUCUGGGCACAAGGCUGUUCAGGAUGGAACAAACUUCAUAUCUAGGCUGGUGUGAAGAUUGGCCAUCAAGUUAUAAUGUUUCUCACCUUGUCCCAGCCCCACGAAAGCAGUGUGACUUCACAGUUCACUAUUAACCUGUUUGAUUGAGACUUAUCCUCACAUGUAAGGGCCUGUACCCCUGUAGAAUGUACGUAGUUCUCAUUUUGUGACUGAAUAAAAUGAUUGAUUCCAUUGGCCUUAAACUUUGUCUGUCUCUUCCUU